AUUUACUGACAUUGACAGACAGUUGUUUGAUUUCCUUCUUCUGGUGACAGAAAUAAAUUGUUCUUAUAAAGUUUGUUAUUAUGUAAAAGGAAAAUUGAUAAUUAUUUAUUAAAAAGAAUUGAUUACAAAAAAAUCAACAACUAUAAACAAUAGCUACAAUCUUUGGAAACUGGAUAUCAGAUAUUAUUGCUCUUCAUUUAUUAAUUAUAGUAUCUGGAGAUCAUGGUUAAGGAAUUACCUUUAUGACAUUUUCAUUUUGAAAGUUUCAUAAAGAGAGUAAAAAAAAUGAAUAAAUUUUUAGUGUUGUUCGAAUCUAGAGGAUUGUUUACAUCCCUUGGGUGUCGUUUUGUGUCUACUAAACUCACAGUUGAUGGAAAAAUAAUACCUAAGAAAAAAACCUUUGAGAAUAGGAUUACAUUGAUAGGAGUUGAUAAUUCCGUUAGUAUUACAGAUUUCAAGAACGCCGAAAGUUUGUCACAACGGCGAGAACUGAAAUUGGUUAAGGUUCAGGAUGUUGACUCUAAAACAAGACGUCCUAUUUACAAAUUAAUGACAAAUGCCGAGUAUCACACAGAAGAGUUACAAAGGCGGAAGGAGAAACAGGAAAUCCGCCAGAAAAAUAUUGUAAAGUCAGUCAAGUUAUUGAGCCUAUCAUCUAAGAUAGGAGACCAUGACCUUAUGACUGGAGUGAGAAAGAUGAUAAAAUUACUAGAAAAACAACAUGAGGUUAAGGUGGUUAUAAUUGGCGAGGGUGAGCAGGCAUCAAUAAAUUCUGAGAGGCUAUAUUCAGUAAUUGAAAGCAAUGUAAAGUCUGUGGGAAAAAUAGUUCAAAAAAGGAAUAAAGGUAAUAGUUUAAGAUUUCAAUUGCUACCAGCGAAACAAAGCAGUAUAGAGUCCACAAAUGAUGUUAAUAAUAGUCAAAAUGAGAAUAACAAGGGACCUUUAUGACUAGCCGUAGUUAUUGUAAUAAUAUUAUUAACCAAAUAUAUUCUUUUAAAUCAUUUCUUGUUUAAAAAUGAAAGAAAUAAAAAUGAUUCUCAUGAUAAUGUGGAUAGUAUUUGGUUAUAUAAAUAUUAUUCUAAUAAGAACAAAUGAGUGAAAAAAAAACAUUCUUAUUUACUGCUAGAAUAUAGUUUAUUGAUUAUUGUACAUUCAAUUUUAUUAUUAUAUUUUACAUGUAAAUUAUUUCAGAAACUUUGUAAAUAAAAUGUAACAAAGUUACUUCUGAAUGAUUUAAUAUUGUGUUCAUUUAAUCAGUCACAAAUAUAUUAUAUAACUUUAUAUACAACUUAAAAACGAUGUAUGGCAAUUGCCAUGGCAAGGAAAGUUUCUAUUCUACACAUGUUGCUUAUGUUUAACUAUAAAAAUCAUAAAUUAAUGUUUUAUCCAUUUGAAUUAUAUCACAGAUGCUUCAGAGAUCUUUAAAUCUUAAAUGGUAGGUGAUUUAUGAAUAGAAAUCCUAGGUAUUAAAAGCUUUUAGAUAAAUACAUGAUUAUUAUAGUAUUAUGACACUAUUAUACAAAAGAUUUAUUUUUCAUUAACCUCAAUUUUUAAUAAAAACUGAAUUAACUUGAAAUUACUGUAUGAUUUGUUUUUACAACCUGAAAUAAUUUUGGUAUUUUUUCAACUUAUUUAUAACAUGUUUCAAUAAAAAAAAUCUAUAAUUCUUA